CUUGGCCGAGCGCGAGGUAAACACCGCAACCCGUCAAGCGAGCUGCUGCUGAUUCGGCUGCGGAUUUUCGCCGAAUUCUUUCGUUCAAAAUGGCUAAGUGGGGCGAAGGCGAUCCUCGGUGGAUUGUGGAGGAGCGACCGGAUGCCACCAAUGUUAAUAACUGGCACUGGUCUGAAAAAAAUGCCAGUGGUUGGAGCAAAGAGAAGAUUAAGAGCCUGUUUGAGGGCAUGGUGUUGGAGGAACCAGGACUUGCCAAAGUAACCAUCAAGGAAGUGUCCAAGUGUGAUGGGGAAGCCAUGGUCAACAACCGCAAAGGGAAGCUCAUCUUCUUCUAUGAGUGGGACAUCAAGAUGGACUGGGUGGCCAAGAAGGAGGAUGAGCCCAAGAAGGACAUCAAGGGCCACAUCCAGAUACCCAAUCUCUCUGAGGAGAAUGAGCCAUGCGAGAUUGAUGUGUCCGUAAGUGUGACAGCUGGAGGUUCGGCAGGAGAUGAUGUGAAGGAGUUCCUGAGAAAGAAGUGUGAGAAAGUGAUACAAUCAAAAGUUGCAGAUUAUAUCACUGCUCUGAAGAGAGAGUAUGCCACUGAUUUAAUCCUGCCAACGAAGGGACAGGCUGUGACAAAGCAAAGUAAAACAAUCCUAUCUCCACCUCCUUCUGAGAACUCGCUAUCAGCUAAUGUUACAAAUACUACAAAUAAUAUGCAGAAAAUGGGACUGGGCUGUAAAAUAGACACAUCCCAAAUUACACUGACUGAACGUUUCAAGUGCACUGCUGAUGACAUCUACAGAGCGCUUACUGUGAGGGAGAUGGUGGUUGCGUUCACAAGAGGUGAUGUAAAGUUGGAUGUUGUAAAGGGCGGCAAAUUCGAGUUAUUUGGUGGCAAUAUCUCAGGAGAAUAUGAGAGUCUAGUAAGUUCAUUUUAAAGGUUACACUUUCAU